CGCGUAAGAAAUGGCGCUGACGUGAGCGCUAGCUCGCAUCGCCGAGGAAGUUGCCGCUGCAGGAGCCGGAGGCACCGGAGCCGCGAGAACAAAAGGUCGAGCUGACCGGAGGAUGGUGAGCGCGGCGCCAGGCACGCGGGUGCGGAGGAGCAGCGGGGAUGGACGGGGAGCGGCCCUGCCGUAGCUCACACCCUCGGGCCGACCCCGCCCCCACAUCCGGGAGGAACUGUCCAAGCCCAGCCCAAACAUGCUGGCCACUGCAGAGCCCAGCUCCAAUGAGACUGAGAAGAUGGUGUCUCCAGAUGUGGCUGCUACAGCCACUUUCUCCUCCAUGGAGGAGGAGCCAGGUGCUGACCAGACAGCCACACCACUAGUGUGGGAUCGGGGAGGACCUCCCCAGCAGGCUGCUUCUCCAGCCCCAGAGAGCUGCCAGCUUGGCUCUAGACCUAGUCCUGGCUCAACCAGCACAGGCUCAGGGACCAGUGACGACCUACGGCUGCCCAGGCGACGCCCACCACCAGGGAAACAGAUACCCUGCUCUAGCCCCGGCUGCUGCCUCAGUUUCCCCAGUGUUCGUGACCUGGCACAGCAUCUCCGUACCCACUGCCCGCCCACACAGUCACUGGAAGGCAAGCUCUUCCACUGCUCCGCCCUGAGCUGCACGGAGAGUUUCCCCAGCAUGCAGGAACUGGUGGCCCACGGGAAGCUGCAUUACAAGCCCAAUCGCUAUUUCAAGUGUGAGAAUUGCCUCCUGCGUUUCCGCACUCACCGUUCGCUCUUCAAGCAUCUGCAUGUUUGUGCAGAGCAUGCUCAGAGCCCAGCUCCGCCACCUCCUGCCCUGGACAAGGAACCCGAACGCCCCCCAGAGUCCGACCUGUCGUCGGCCACUGGUCUGCGGUUCCCGCUGCUCGAACCCUUCACCUCUGCCCCCACUGGGUCCUACCUUCCCUACUUAAACCCUGCGCCCUUUGGCCUAAGCCCCUCACGCCUGCGCCCCUUCCUGGCUGCUGCUCCUGGGCCGCCAGCGUCCAGCACAGCCAUCUGGAAAAAGAGUCAAGGUGCUGGUGGCAGUCCCAGAAGACCACAGGGCGGCUCGGAUGCGCCCUCAGGGUAUGCAGCCCUGAGCCGCAUUGUGUGGGAGCACACACGGGGCCGCUAUUCCUGCAUGCAGUGUGACUUCACCACGGCCUCGAGGCCCGCCAUGACACUACACCUACAGGACCACCGCCCCGGCGCCCCCGCAGCCCUGGUGCCUGGGUCCCUGCAUGCCAACACCCAGGCAGCGGGUAAGGCUGAGGAAUGCUCAGGAGAGCCAGAGGCAAGGGGUGAGAUGGAGGCUCAGCCACCCCCUCCUGUACCCCACGCAGACCCAACUCUGCUUGCACCUAAGGUGUCACCACAGCCAGACGGGGACCUUCCCGUUUCCUCACAUCUUUGAACCCACCGUGUUGGGCUGGGUGGGAGGGGACACGGUUUUGUAAUUUGAAGAGGGGGAUACAAUAAAGAAG